AACAGAUGUGCUUGGCUUGAAGAGACUGAUUAAUUUCUUGAUGGGAAGAAAAAUCUUGUUCAGCUUUUCACUUAUUUUUUUAUGUGUGGGAUUUUCACUAACUUUGGACCAGAUACUUGCCAGGAAGAAUGUAAGUUUCCUUUCUCGAGCAUCUUCAAAUAAAGAAGUGGUUACAGACAGUGAUCAAUCCAAUAAUGGGACUAUGAAAACAGUCCAGAAUUUCACAGCAAAACCAAUCAUACAGGCUCUCAACUACAGUCUGAGCAGAAAAGAACAUUUAGAAAAAGUACCUUGGAAUGCAUUCAGCCAUCACAGUCCAAUUAAUAUCUCCGUCCAUGGAAUUCCCUGCAUUCUCUUCUGGGCCAAAAGAAUAACAAUUAAAUUUAAGAACCGGACCCAGUUGGACCUUACAGAUGAAGCUUUUGGCCAGAAGACAACAGUGGAUGCUGACAACUCAAAUUGCAGUGAAGAAAGUGCUAUGUUGUCUCUGAAGUUUGUUGAUGCUGAAAAUCCUACGGGUUUAGAUCUAAGAUUCAUCCUUACCAAUUACAACAAGUUGUCCAUGCAGAGCUGGUUUAGUGUGCACCGAGUGGAGAUUAUCUUUAAUAACUCGAUCAAGGCAACUUUCAAUGCAACUGGCAUUUAUGCCCCAUCAAGUUACUCUUAUCACUGCCAGCACGUCAGCAACCUCCAGAGAUAUGAUGCCCUCUUGUUGCCCAGCGACACGGAUGAUAUGUCAAGCCUGUGGGAGGUCACUUUUGUUGAUUUCCAGAUCCAAGGCUUUACCAUCAGGGGGAGCCAGUUUGCCAAGGCCCGAGACUGUGCCUCGUCCUUCUCGCCAGCCAUUCUGAUUGGCCUGGCCAUGUCCCUGAUCCUGUUGCUGGUGCUGGCCUAUGCCCUUCACAUGCUCAUCUACCUGCGCUAUCUGGACCGGCACUACGAUUUCAUUGCGUCUCCAGCGCACUUCCCCCAGCUGAAAACUCGAGAUGCAGCUGAAGAGAAGGAGUUGCUGAGGAGCCAAGGAGUUGAGUGCUAUGAACUGAGAAGCCAACAGAUCUGCAAAAUUUAUGUUUAGCAACACAGAGCCCCUCUUCCAUGUUGGACUUGAAAAGAAGUUGUUUCUUUUUUUGUGCCAUUUGACUUAGGAUUUAAGAGUCUCAUUGCAUGACUUGAUUAAAAAAUCUAAAAGAAAAUGCACAGGGAAUGGUUUUAAUAGACUUGGGGCAAUGAGAAAGGUAUCACUGGAACCCCACAGAGGUAACUAAGACUGUUGCCCCAAAGGUACCUUUAAAGCAAUGGGAUUUGAAGCUAAAAGCAUCUUUAAGGAUGAAACACCACUGACCAAGCAAGUGGAAACAAACAAACAAAUGGGACUACAUUAAACUUACAUAAGAAUCUUCUGCACUUCAAAGGAAACCAUGACCAAAAUACAGAGAGAGCCCAUUAAAUGGGAAAAAUAUUUACCUAAUACCCAUCUUAUAAGGGGUUAAUGCCCAGGCUAUACAAGACACUAGUAGAACUGUAAAAGAAAAAACCCCUCCAACCCCAUCAAAAAAUGGGGAGAAGAAAUUAACAGAAGCUUCCUCAAAAAAGUAAUACAAAUGACCAAAAAGGCACUUGGAAAUAUAUUCUACAUUGCUAAUCAUCAGGGAGAUUCAAAUCAAAGUAACAAUGAGAUAUCAUCUCACACCACAGAGACUGGCACACAUCCAAAAAAAUAAGAACAACCAGUGCUGGCACAGAUGUGGGGAGAAAUAGAUUCUCUUCCAUUGUUGGUGGGAUUGCCAACUGGUCCAGCCUUUUUGGAAAACAAUAUGGACAUUUCUUAAAAAGCUAGAAAUUGAGCUUCCAUAUGACCCAGCAAUACUACUUCUAGGAUAUAUCCCAAGGGUGCAAAAAAAGCACAGUAGAAAUGACAUCUGCACCUAUAUGUUCAUUACAGCACUGUUCACAAUAGCCAGAAACUGGAAACAACCCGAGUGCCUGAGAACAGAUGACUGGUUAAAGAAACUUUGGUACAUCUACACAAUGGAAUAUUAUGCAGAUGUUAGGAAAGAUGAAGUCAUGAAAUUUGCUUAUUAAUGGAUGGUUGUGGAGAGAUUCCUGCUAAGUGAAGUGAGUCAGAAAGUGAGGGAUAGAUAUAAAAUUACUGCACUCAUUUGGGGAAUAUAAAAUAUCAUAUGAGACUAACACCCAAGAACAGUAGAGACAAGGGCCAAGAAGUCUGGUCCAUGGUUGGAAGCCUGCCUUAUGAACUGGGGGAGAAGGCAGCUGGGAUAGAGAAGGGAUCACUAAUUCAAUGAUGGUUGAAAGAAUCCCUCGGGAUGGGAGAUAUGUGCUGAAAGUAGGUGAAGGACAAAAUAUGUUGGCCUUUCAUCAUCUAUAUUGCAAAUAAUAAUGCCCAGAAAGAGGGAGGGAGAGAGAGAGAGAAAGAGAGAGAAAGAGAAACUGUCUGCCAUAGAGGCAGAGACAGGGGAGGGACAGGGGUUGGGGGAGGGAUACUGGGAACAUUAGUGGUGGAAAAUGUACACUGGUGGAGGGAUGGGUAUUUUAUCACUGUCUGAUUGUAACUCAAACAUGAAAGCUUUGUAAAUGUUGCUCACAGUGAUCCAAUAAAAAAAAGUAAUUCAUUAAAGCUUUAGUCACUAAAAAAAGAUAUAAAAUAAAAAUAAAGCAAUGGGAUGGUUUAUGUUAGGGAGACCAAACUAAGAAGUUAAAAAACAAAGAAUGAUGCAAUAUAGCAAAAGAGAAAAUGUUCCAGCCUGCCUGUGCCAGUUUGGUGAGGGAGAAAAAGAAAUCCAAGUUUCUCUGCAAGUUUUGAAUUUAUAAUGUUUUGUAAAAUAGUUUGUAUUUUGCGAAAAUUGUAUACCAAUAUUGUUUUUAAAGUAGUUUUUUUCUCUCAAAAGACUGUUUAGGGAAAAUGUAUGUUGAUAUAUGUUGAUAUGAUAGAACCCUCUAAAGAUCUUUAAAAUUUUGCUUUGCAAUUCAGAGGCAAUGCAGUUCAACCUGUGAAGUCAGGGUAGUAGUCUUAAGAGUAUUUUGCCUUUUCUAUCUGGGUUGUGGUGCCAAAGUUUGACUCAUUUGUCUGAUUUAGCUCUCUGAGAUACCACUUGAAAUAAACAACUGAGCUAAGUAAAAACAGUGUGUUUGUUAUGUGAACACAGCUUUAAGGAAAAUCCAUGAAUCCCUUUAACCAGUGAAAUAGUUUCUCUUGAAGUGCUAGAAAUUCUGGAGCCACCACUGACUCUUACUACCACUUUCUUCCCUGUGCAUUUGGACCCUACAAGCUUUCUAAUGUAAAUGUAAUUUGUAUGUCAAAGACAAGAAUAAAAGCCCUUUGAAUUUUUCUUACUAA